CUUAGUCCAUUCCCAGAUGCAAGCGUCUGAACAACGUUUUCUGAUCGAAGAUGUCGGUGCAGUCGCUCGUCAGUCGGAAAAAGAAAAGUUUUAUAGGAUUGCCGGCUCCGCUGGGAUAUGUACCUGGUCUUGGAAGAGGAGCUACUGGCUUUACAACUAGAUCUGAUAUUGGACCAGCAAGAGAUGCAGAUGACAUAUCAGAUGAUCGGCAUGGACCGCCAGCAAAGAAAUCAAAGGACGAGGAAGAGGAGGAAGAUUUGAAUGAUGCUAACUAUGAUGAGUUCACAGGUUAUGGAGGAAGUUUAUGCAGUAAAGAUCCAUAUGAUAAAGACGAUGAGGAGGCAGAUGCUGUGUAUGAGGCGCUCGAUAAACGUAUGGACGAGAAACGUAAAGAACGAAGAGAGAAAAAAUUGCAAGAACAGAUUGAAAAAUAUCGUCAGGAAAGACCAAAAAUUCAGCAACAGUUCUCGGAUCUUAAGAGAGAUUUGGCCGGUGUCAGUGUUGAUGAAUGGAUGAAUAUACCAGAAGUUGGUGAUGCCAGGAACAGGAAACAGAGAAAUCCAAGGGCAGAGAAAUACACACCAGUCCCAGACAGUGUUUUAUCUAGAGCUGCAGCUAGUGGAACCAGUAAUGUACUCUCAGAAAGGGAACAGAAAUAUGGUGGUCUUAACACACCUUACGGUGCUCUUACACCUGGUUUGAACACUCCGGGUGGUGUUACUCCUGGGGACAUUGAUAUGAAGAAGAUUGGACAAGCGAGAAAUACACUGAUGGACAUCAAACUUACACAGGUGUCUGAUUCUGUGAGUGGACAGACAGUUGUGGAUCCUAAAGGUUAUCUGACAGACUUACAGUCUAUGCUGCCAUCUCAUGGGGGAGACAUCAAUGAUGUGAAGAAAGCCAGACUUCUGCUGAAAUCUGUCAGAGAGACAAAUCCUAAGCACCCGCCGGCUUGGAUUGCUUCGGCCCGACUGGAGGAGGUGACGGGUAAGAUCCAGGCAGCAAGGAAUCUCAUCAUGAAGGGAUGUGAGGAAUGUCCAAAGUCAGAGGAUGCUUGGUUAGAGGCUGCCAGACUCAUGCCAGGUGAUCAAGCGAAGGCAGUGGUUGCCCAAGCUGUGAGGCAGCUUCCCCAGUCUGUGAGAAUCUGGAGUAAAGCAGCAGAAAUAGAGACAGAAUUGAAAGCAAAGAAAAGAGUAUACAGGAAAGCCUUGGAAAAUAUACCGAACUCGGUGAAGCUGUGGAAGCUGGCUGUAGAACUGGAAGACGAGGAAGAUGCCAGGAUUAUGUUGAGUCGGGCUGUAGAAUGUUGUCCAACCAGUGUAGAGUUAUGGCUGGCUUUGGCCCGGCUUGAGAACUAUGGAAAUGCCAGAAAAGUUUUAAACAAAGCAAGAGAAAACAUUCCAACAGAUCGACUUAUCUGGGUCAGUGCCGCAAAACUGGAGGAGGCCAACAAUAAUAUACCUAUGGUGGAGAAAAUUGUUGAAAGAGCUUUGAAUUCAUUGCGGGCCAACAUGGUAGAAAUCAACAAAGAGCAGUGGUUAAAGGAUGCAGAAGACUGUGAAAAGGCUGGAAGUAUUCAUACAUGUCAGGCUAUCAUACGGUCUGUAAUUGGUAUAGGAGUGGAAGAAGAAGACAAGAAACAUACAUGGAUGGAGGAUGCUGAAUCUUGUGCAUCACAUGGGGCAUAUGAAUGUGCACGUGCAAUUUAUGCCUACGCCUUGUCAGUGUUUCCAAGUAAAAAGAGCAUUUGGUUAAGAGCUGCAUAUUUUGAGAAGAACUUUGGAAGCAGGGAGUCACUAGAGGCCCUGCUACAGAGAGCUGUUGCACAUUGUCCUAAAGCUGAAGUUCUGUGGUUAAUGGGGGCCAAGUCUAAAUGGCUAGCGGGAGAUGUCCCAGCUGCAAGAAGUAUCCUUGCUCUAGCUUUCCAGGCAAACCCAAACAGUGAAGAGAUCUGGUUAGCUGCUGUAAAACUUGAAUCCGAGAAUAAUGAGUUUGAACGAGCUAGAAGAUUGUUACAGAAAGCACGAGCAAGUGCUCCAACAGCAAGAGUGUUUAUGAAGUCAGUGAAAUUAGAGUGGUGUCUUGGAGAAAUAACCAAUUCAAAAAGACUUCUGGAGGAGGCAACAAAACAUUAUUCAGACUUUCCAAAGUUAUGGAUGAUGAGAGGUCAGAUAGAAGAACAAGAAGGACAUAUAUCUGAGGCAAGAGAGGCCUAUAAUCAAGGGCUGAAGAAAUGUCCUCAUGCAAUACCUCUGUGGUUGUUACUUUCACGGUUGGAGGAAAAAACUGGUCAGCUGAUAAAAGCACGAUCCAUUCUCGAAAAAGCCAGACUGAAAAAUCCACAGACUGCAGACCUUUGGUUGGAAGCUGUCAGGCUUGAAAAUAGAGGUGGUAUGAAAAACAUUGCACAGACAUUGAUGGCAAAAGCUUUACAAGAAUGUCCUUCAUCAGGGAUAUUGUGGGCCGAGGCAAUAUUUAUGGAACCAAGACCUCAGAGAAAAACGAAGUCAGUUGAUGGUCUACGACGAUGUGAACACGAUCCUCAUGUGCUGCUGGCAGCCUCAAAAAUGUUCUGGUCUGAAAGAAAGAUUGCGAAAGCACGAGAAUGGUUUAACAGAACAGUAAAAAUUGAUCCUGAUCUUGGAGACGCUUGGGCAAACUUCUUCAAGUUUGAGAUAAUGCAUGGUGAUGAGGAUUCACAAAAGCAGGUUCACAAGCGAUGUACGGCUGCAGAACCAAGGCAUGGUGAACAGUGGUGUCAUGUUUCAAAGGACAUUAGAAACUGGAGACUAAAAACUGAUGAGUUACUGCCCCUUGUGGCAGAAUAUAUUCCUGUUCCAACUUGAAAAAAUGUUCAAACAGUUAUGGAUUUUAAGACAAAAAACUUACUGUAUUAUUUCAGAAAGAGCUAUUUCCUUUCUUGACAGCUUAUUACUUUGCAAUCUCUGGUAACUGAGGUUACUGAGGAUAAAAUAAAGAAUCAGAGAUUUC